AUGGAAGUGGGAAAUCGCACUGUCCUGACUGAGUUCAUCUUGGUGGGCCUCUCAGCCAACCCCCGCUGGCAGCUAAUCAUAUUUGGAGUGUUUCUGAUGCUCUAUUUGGCAACCAUGUCAGGGAACCUGGCCCUGGUAAUCUUAAUCUGGAUUGACUCCCGGUUGCACACACCUAUGUACAUCUUCAUCAGCAGCCUGUCACUUCUGGAUUUCUGGUACACCUCCGUGUACACACCCAAGCUUCUGGCCAAUUGCAUUUCAGAAGAUAAGCGCAUUUCCCUGGCUGGCUGUGGGGCCCAGUUCUUCUUCUCCUGCGUGGCUGCCUACACCGAGUGCUACCUGCUGGCAGCCAUGGCUUACGACCGCCACGUGGCAAUUUGCAGCCCACUGCUGUACUCAGCUACCAUGUCUUCAUCUCUCUGCACUGGGCUUGUUGCUGGAUCCUAUGUAGGAGGGUUUCUGAAUGCCAUAGCCCACACUGCCAACACUUUCCGGCUGAGUUUCUGUGGUAAAAACGUCAUUGACCACUUUCUAUGUGAUGUGUUGCCAUUGGUAAAAAUGUCCUGUACAGACACCCGAGUUUAUGUGAAAAUUGUGUCUAGUCUGGUGGGGUUCACUGUCCUCUCCUGCCUGCUUGUCAUCCUCCUUUCCUAUUUCAGCAUCCUCCUGGCCAUCCUGAGGAUUCGCUCUGCCUCAGGGAGGCGCAAGGCUUUCUCCACCUGCGCUUCUCACAUGGUCUCCGUCAUGCUCUUCUACGGAUCUUUGCUCUUUGUGUACUCGAGGCCCAGCUCCAGCUACUCCCUGGAGAGGGACAAAGUGGCUGCCCUGUUCUAUACCAUCAUCAACCCGCUGCUCAACCCUCUCAUCUACAGCCUGAGAAACAAGGAUGUCAAGGAAGCCUUCAGGAAAGCCAUGCAGACUGUACGACCACAACCGUGA